AUGACGCAGGACGAGACGGACCGCCUACUACGGCCUCGCGUAGCAAGCCACGCUGCUGCGAUUCCAGCGGUAGUAAGCAGCGACUCGCGCCAGCCAGCCACCUCUUCGGUACCUGCACCUGCAUCGUCGGCACCGAGAAGAAGAAGAUUCCUGAAGUGUUUGCUGGUCGAUGCAGCGCUUUAUGCCUCAUUCUUGGUGUGCUGGUCGGCAAGCCACGCGGGGCUUCUGAAUGGCUCCGAUGGAUCGCGUGCUGCUAGCACCCUCCGCUCUGCGAUGCGCGCUGCCGUUCGCGAAGCGAAGGAGUUGCAGCUGAUGCGCAUGGAAUUUCUGUUGACAGCGACGGGAAGCCUAGAGGAGGACGAAGCGGGAGAUGAGGUAGCGAGCCUUGCUCUGCCUGUGCAUGAAGAGCGACCCAAGGUCCAGGCUUCGAUCCAAGAGGCCGAAGAGCACGCGCGCUCAGUGAAGAUGUUGCCAGCGAACGAGAGCAAGAAGCGCCGAUUGAAAUGCGUCGGCUGGCGCGCCACCAGCCUUUGCACUCCACACGGGCCCCGUGAACCAAAGAAUGACAAGGACUGCUAUAAAGUCAUCCCCAACUCGUUGUCUGGCUACUGCGAGGUGGAGGAUCAAGAUACGGGUGAGCUCUUCCGCGUGAUGAAGCGCUACUGCGCGAGUUUGCGGUACGAUGCAACUUUCCGGUGUAGUGAGGCUCCGAAUCUGGUCAACUACCAGUUGGAGUCUCUCGAGGCCGCCGAGAAGGCACUUGUGCCAGGUUUUGCUCUUCCAAAUGUUGUUGAAUCAACCACCCAGCCGCGCGACGGGAUCGUCAUGGUGGUGUAUCCCAGGCUGAUUCCCAGUGCCUACGCUACUAUUCGAGCGCUUCGGGCGGUGUUGGGAUGCCAGCUUCCGAUCGAAAUCUGGUACCGAGAGGCCGAGAUUCGUGGUGGCCCCGAAGCCCUUGCACCGCUACUGGAGUUGGCGAAUACAAGUGGCGCUGGAGGCGGUAUCUCUUUUCACAAGAUCACUGACCACUGGGCCACAGGGUUUGGAGCCAAAGUAUUCGCCGUCUACAACAGCUUCUUCGAGCGAGUGCUGUUCCUCGAUGCGGAUAACGUCCCUGCGCGUGAUCCAACCUACAUGUUCGAAUCACAAGAGUUUGUGGACACUGGGGCAGUCUUCUGGCCGGACUUCUGGCAUCCAGGCCACACGAUCUUCAAUAUCCACGGCCAAUCGCUCCUCUGGGAAGUACUGGGGACGACGUUUGUGAACUCUUUUGAGCAAGAAAGUGGGCAGCUUCUCAUUGACCGCAAACGGCACGCUGCUCCGCUAGAGCUGGUGAAGUUUUACACCUUUCGGCGCCCAAAUCCUUUUACGCGACUCAAGCUUGCCUACGGGGAUAAGGACUUGUUCCGAUUCGCCUGGAUGAAGCUCGAUAUCCCGUUCACAAUGAUUCAGACGCCCCCUGCCGUGGCAGGCAAGGUCACCAAUGGGUCCUUUUGUGGAAUGACUAUAGUGCAGCACGAUCCGAGGGGCGAUGUGUUGUUCUUGCACCGCAAUUCCAACAAGCUUACGGGGCAGGUGAAGCGCGAGGUUAUUUACUACCGACCGCAGGCCAUCAAAAACGUCCGCGAGAAGCUGCUGAAGGAAGGCAUCGACCGCGUUCCCGAUCAACAAGCAGUAGACGAAGAGAUUGCAAGGCUUCGCUCGACGCCAGCACCUACGAUGGAACCUCCCGAACCCGACGGACUGCCAGAUCCUGCUAUGUGGACGCACCUGUUGUCAUUCAACACUACUUCGCAGCGAGGCUUCUACAAAAUCCAGCCCUACAGAGCUACUCCGCAGUUCCCGGAUUGGCAACGCUGCUACGGUCAGCGAGAGUUAAGCAAGAACCGGCAUUUCUACACUCAAGAAUUUGCAAACCUGCCAUUUCCUGAGUUAGAGAUGCAUAUUCGCAAGUUUGCUCACGAAGCAGAGCAGAUCCGUCAACGCAAAGUACAAAACCCGAACUAG